GAAACAAAACCCUCCUGCAGCUGCAAAGGGCUUGUCCGCGCCCUUGUGAUCUGAAGCCCUUCACCGACGCUGCCUUUGUUUCCCUGUGUACACCCACACCAUGAGCUGGCCUCCGCUGGAACCUCCAAGGCAAUAGGUGCUAUAUAAACUGCUGCCCCCACCGCAAACCAAACCAUGCCUCCCACAUCUCAGCACCAGCUUCAAGCGUGAUAUCUUUAUGCCAUCUAUUCUCCAGCCAUGAACGUUUUCACCAAGAUUGUCUUCAGCUUCGCGCUCUUCGCCUCUCUCGGCAACACUGCAUCGGUCACUGACGUUGGAUGCUCCAAGGAUGCCACGGUCGUGUUCAACCUUCAGCAAUGCGGCGACUCGCCCUGCGCGCUGAUCAACCAUGGCACCGACAACACGCUGGCGGCAUCGCUGCAGAACGACGAGGUCGUGCGCAUGCUGAUCGGCUUUGAUCUGCCUGCCGGUCUCAACAAGAUCAGCCAGUGCCAGCUCCGUCUGCAGCAGCCCGUCUCUUCACCCGGCGGUGCGUACAUGCUGACUGCGUCGGAGGCAUCAAACGACUGGGAUGAGGACUUGGUCAAUGGCCAGUCGAACAUCCCGACAGGCAAUGUCCUGGGCAGCGUUGAUGUUAGUGGGAGCGCAAGGCCGGAUUUUAUCGAUGUCACUGCCGCUUGCAAGUAUGCAGCCAAGAACAGCCGCUCGUUCAGUGUCUGGAUCGAUAGCAGCGGCCCGGCUGUCAUCUUCCCCAGCCGGCAGACUGGUGCGUCGACGGUUCUCAGAAUCGUCUCCUAGGCCUGUUAGCACCCCUUUCAGCAGAUUUUCAUAUUUAUUUUUUUGAACACUGGCGAGCCCUUAGAGGAUUUUUGUACCGCACAAGACUUUCGCCCCACCGGCGGUAUGUCCAUUUGCGCUUCUAUUGGGUGCGGUCAGACGGCUGACUCUUGGGGAAUAAUCGCCGUGAAAAAAA